UCUCCAGCUUGAUUUGAAAUCAAAUCAAACAAAACAAGGAGUUUUUAAGACAGUUUUUACAGUACAAUUAAUUAGUUAGACAAAAUUUUAUAAGUAUAAAAAUAAAAUCAUCCAACAAUGCCAAAACGUCGAAGAUUACUUACUACUCCUAUGAAGAAGAAAUCGAAUCAAAUCAAAAACGAUUUUACUCCAGAUAAAGAUUUACUAGUGACGCCCGAAAAAGAGGUAUCGACUGCACGAGGUCGCCUCAAAGGAGCAUUACUGGAGGCCCUGGAACCAACAGCUGAUGAUGAUUCUGAUACAUCAUAUGAACCAUCUCCUACCAAAAAAGAACGAAAGAAUAGCAAAUGGAAUGACGACUCGGAAGACGAGGAGCACUCGCGCCGUCGCAAGUCCCCCGUGCGGCAGUCGUACGUGCUCAAACUGUUUGACAGAAGUGUGGACCUCUCUCAGUUUGAGGAGGACUCCCCACUGUACCCCAUCUGCAGGGCCUGGAUCGCUAACCAGCCCAAAGCUAACUACAGUAAAUUUGGGAGAAAAGGCAAAGAUCCAGAGCCGACAGAUGACAGCAUAGAGCUCCCCGGUCCGGAAGGUGCUCCAGUCAGCCGCAUCCCGGAACUGACAGCUGAACAGAAAGCGACCAGCAUUGACAAGAUUAAAUUAGAUUAUGAAGGUAAUCCCCCCUGUCGCGAGGAGUUACUCCAAGAGCUGAGCGUCCGGUGGGCGGGAGUGAGGCAGGCGUGGCUGGACCAGGCGGCGAGGGUGGAGGCCCGCUACCAGGGCACGCAGCGGGUGCUCAACAGUAUCAAUGUCAACAACGCGUGACCUAGCAUUUUUUAAUUAUUUACCUUUUAUGAUUUAUUGUUUUUAUACUCUUGUAUGAAAUUAUAUUGAUUCCUUUGUGUACAUAUAAUCAAGAAUCGUGUGAUUAGAGCUGAUUUUGGUAACAGUUUUGAAAUGAAAAGCUUUCUUAUGAAAACCAUCUAUUUCAAUUAUAAUUUCAUCACUUACCCCUCGUUCGCAUGGGCUUUAGAUAUAUUUGUUUUUGAACGCUUUUAAAAGAAGUAACAUUCAAACUAGUCCAAUGCACAGCACUCAAAUUGCGAUAAAAAAUAAUCACAACCAAAAAUGUUGUCUAUAACGCAUUAUUUACGCGCGUUAAAAAUCGGCCUGUGCGGACGAGGGAUUACUGAUGUAUUUUGUAUAUCUUAAUUAUGCUGAUUUGAUAAAGAUAGAUUGUUUAAUGAAAGUCAUAUAUAAUAAAUGAUGAUUUAUUAAAUAAAAAAAUAUAUAAUUGUUUACGCAUGAA